AUGGAGGCGGCGGCAGAGCGGCGGCGGGAGCGGCAGCGGCGGCGGGAGGCGGCGGUGAAGGCCGAGAAGCGGAGCCCCCGGCGCUCCGCCUCCCGUUCGGCGCGGGGCAGCCAGUCGCCGCCGGCCCCGGCCGGGCCGCGCCCGGGCAGCCGCGGCAGGAGCAGCAGAUCGCCUAAGAGGAAGAGCAAGUCCGGGCGGAGGAGCCGGUCCCCGCGCGGCAGGCGGAGCCGGAGCCCGCAUCACGCCGCCGUGAAGGUGAAGCAGGAGCGAGAUGACCACAGCCGCAGAGGGAAUGAGGAGCGGAAGCAGAGGCAUCCAUCAGAGGAAGAACACAGGAGGGAGAGAAGCGGUGACAGAGACAGGCACAGAGAACACUCAGACAGAAGGAGGAAUCCAAGCGAGAGGCCUGGAGUUCGAGGCCACGAGCGGGAGAGGGAUGUGCAGAACAUCCGUGAGCAGCAAGCAGAGAGGGAGUUUUAUAAUGAGAGAAGACGAGAGCACCGACAGAACACCGAGGAGGGGGGUGGGGGUGGUGGUGACCAGAACCCCGAACUGGGGCAGUCUGAUAACAAACCAAAAGAAAAAGCUGCUGCAAACAAAGAGAAGCCAAGCUUCGAACUGUCAGGUGCGCUUCUGGAAGACACCAAUACCUUCCGGGGCGUUGUGAUUAAGUACAGCGAGCCCCCCGAGGCGCGGAUCCCUAAGAAGCGCUGGCGCCUCUACCCCUUCAAGAACGAUGAGUUCCUGCCCGUGAUGUACAUCCACAGGCAGAGUGCCUACCUGCUGGGCCGGCACCGCCGCAUCGCCGACAUCCCCAUCGACCACCCCUCGUGCUCCAAGCAGCACGCCGUCUUCCAGUACCGGCUGGUGGAGUACACCCGUGCCGACGGCACCGUUGGGCGCCGCGUGCGGCCCUACAUCAUCGACUUGGGCUCGGGGAACGGCACCUUCCUCAACAACCAGCGCAUCGAGCCCCAGCGCUACUACGAACUGAAGGAGAAGGAUGUGCUCAAGUUCGGGUUCAGCAGCAGGGAAUAUGUCCUUCUCCACGAGUCCUCAGAUAAAUCUGAGGCCAACGCAAAGGACGAUGAUGACGAGGAGGAGAAGGAGGAAGAGUCUGACAGUUAACAAAUGAGGAGAAGAUGGCAGGGGUGGGACAGGAAAGAGUUUCUUUGCAGCGGAACGUGUGUUGGGAUGUGAACGCUGAAGCAUCACAGCAUUGAUGCCUCUUACUGCCUUAAAGUCCUUUUUGUUGCUGAUCUCAUAGCAUAUUUGGGGGAAGCUCACUGGUUUUUCAUCUCUUGAUAGUUCUGUGUAUCAGGAAAUACAGCUUGCUGGGUUUUUUUCCUUUUUGUUUUUUUUUUUAUUCCCCCCACAACAAGCAGAAGAGCUCUUGGACGUGAAAGCUCAACUGCUGGGAACGCUGAACACACGUUGAGACUGCCCUUGUCUAGGGAGCUGCAAACCACCACUGGCAUAUCUUGACAUGAUUUUUAUUAACUGUUUUGUUGUAGCCCUUUGAAAUGCUACUGAACUGAAAUAUGAGUUAGAAAGUAACACAAGAUGUUUUGUAACACAUCCUGUCGGUAGUUUGCCAAAUCCUUUUGCCCGUGAGGAGCUCCAAGCAGGAGAAUUGACCCAGCUGGCAGCUAAGGCAGCAGAAAUGGUGCCAAGCCCCUCUUGUGUCUGUGUGUUGGGUCCUUGUUUGCUUUGUGGCAACAUGCACUGCAGUACACCAAAAACUACAAGGUUCUUCGGAAUGGAAGUGAAACCUUUCCUAGGGAGGGGUUUGGGUGUCAGUUCUAUGACUGGGUCAGAGUCAGGGUCUGCCCCUACCUGUUGUGACAGACAGUGCUGAAACUGUCCCUGGGUGCUGAGUGCCUGGGUCUGAUGCUGGGGCCUUUGUUCCUCAUUCCACCCCUCCCCAUGAGUAACAUCUCCUUGGGUGGGUUUGUACUGUUCAUAUAUCCCCUCUCUGUGGUGACAUGUUUUAGCCAGAGUUUGCACUAUUUAAGUUUAUAGAAGGCAUUUGUUUAAAAUAGUCUUCUCGUAAGAGAACACCCUUCAGGAUGAGAAAAGCCAGUUCCACUCACUGAAAGUACUCACAUCUCCCCUGGUUUUGGUGUCCUCUCCCCAUGGUAUAAGAAGUGUGUAUUUCCCACACUGUUUGCUCAUUUGCCUGGCUGUUGUUCAGUGUCACGAGCUCAUCCCCACUGUGUACAUACUUCGUGUAUACCAGUGCUGCAUCUUGUAUACACAGCCUGGAAGUUUCUGAUGUAAAUAGGGGCACUGAGGUAAGUUUUCAAACGGUGGUAGGAUGAGUUUUGUCAGGAGGAUCUCCUUUAUAUGUACU